ACACAUCCGUGGUAAUUAUGGCUCUACACUUGCAGGUGGAAAAACUUCGUGGUUUGGAUAACUAUAAAGCCUGGUCCAUGACUGUACGUUCUUAUUUGGAAACUGAAGAUCUUUGGGCAGUGGUGGAACAUGGACCGGAUGGUAGUGAGGAGGAUGGCCAUAAAGACAGACGAGCCAAAUUUAUUAUUCUCUGCUUGACCGAUACCAAAAUUUGUCAAUUUAUGGCCAUUAUACGAACAUCCAAAGAUUUAUGGGGCUAUCUGAAGAAACAGCAUUCCAUGAUACGAUAUUUACAACUUGUCUCCCGCUACAUAAUGACUCUGGUAUUAACUGUCGAAAAGCUCAUGGGCUCAGAAAAUUAUAAAGGUUGGUCUAUGACCUUGGAGGCUUACCUAGAGAUGGAAGAAAUCUGGGAAGUUGUGGAAAAGGGACCAGAUAGCUCAGACGAAGACUUUCAUCGUGAUAGACGUGCAAAAUUUAUCAUCUGCUGUUUGGUAGAGACAAAACUAUUUAAAAUCAUGCCAAAUUUACGAACAUCCAAUGAUGUUUGGUUCUAUUUAAAGGCGAAAUAUUCAGGGGAAGCGACCUGAUAAAUGUGAAAAUCAACUUA